AUGGGGAAUAGAUGGAUCGUUAUCGGGACUUCAAUGCUUCUGAUUAUUGUUCUUGAAAUUCAUGGGUGCUGGUCGAUCAAUUCUGAAGGAUUGGCUUUGUUACAAUUUCGAGCAAAUGUGGCUUCUUUCUCGUCUGGAGCUUUAACCGAUUGGCUGCCUGAUGAUUUUGACCCGUGCUUUUGGUCGGGCGUUAAAUGCGUGGAUAGUAAAGUGGUUAUGCUGAAUCUCACUGGGCGCGGUUUGGAAGGAGCAUUGGCACCAGAUAUUGGGAAUCUCUCUCAUUUAAGAGUUCUUGACCUAUCCAAGAACCGUUUUUUCGGCCCGAUACCUCCACAGUUGGGACAGCUAACAAAACUCGAAACGUUGGACUUGAGGGAUAACGAAUUCACUGGAAGAAUCCCAGCAGAUCUACGAGGGUUGAAAUCUCUAAGACAUUUGUUGCUCAGUAACAAUAGAUUUCAAGGGUGCAUUCCUGUGGAUAUUAAGAAGCUUGCUUUGCUGAAGGAUACUCAGUUUGAUGAUAUACUAACAACUACUGCUAAAAAUGGCUGCAUGAAUAGAAAAUUCGGGCACUGGUAUGUUUUUUCAUGCUUCCAUUUUCCUAUUUAUUUAACAGUCUUACAUUCACACGAGAUCCAAACAAACAACAAUGUACGACGUGUCCUAGCCGAACAGUCGAGUAGUAACCUUAUUGCUUUGCCUCCCUCCGAUGCGGGGGCCCCAGCCCCCUCUGAAAGUGAGGAAUCUCUCCCGAGCAGAAGCAGCGGCUCGUUUCCAGCCGUCCCGAACGCGAAAAAUUUAUCUCCUUCCGCUGGUGUAGACAACAAUACGCCUCCUGAGACGGCUAGCCCUCGCGCUACAAGCCAAACGAAUGAUGAUAGCAAGGGAUCGUCUGAAAAAACCGAGCACUCGACGAAGGUCAUAAUCGGAGUAUCGUGUGCAGCCGUCUUACUUGUUCUCGUCUUAGGUUUAUUUGUCGUCUUCAGAAGCAGAGCAGCUAGGACGAUCGGACCUUGGAAGUCCGGAUUGAGUGGGCAGUUGCAAAAGGCUUUUAUUACGGGGGUUCCAAAGUUGAACAGAGCCGAGCUAGAAACCGCGUGUGAGGAUUUCAGCAAUAUUAUACGUGUCCAUGAAGGUGUGGCCACUCUGUACAAGGGAACUCUAUCAAGUGGAGUCGAGAUUGCAGUUGUCUCGACUGCUGUGGGCUCCAUUCAUGAAUGGUCUAAACGUGCAGAGUUAGCAUUCAGGAAGAAGAUUGAUACCUUAUCGCGUGUGAAUCACAAGAACUUUGUAAACCUUAUUGGGUAUUGCGAGGAAAACGAGCCUUUCACUAGGAUGAUGGUUUUCGAGUACGCCCCAAACGGCACUCUCUUUGAGCACUUGCAUGUAAAAGAUCUCGAGCAUCUCGACUGGAAUGCGAGGAUGAGGAUCGUGAUGGGGGCCGCUUACUGCCUUCAGUACAUGCACGAACUGAAUCCACCGGUGGCCCACAUUAACUUGACUUCCAAAGAUAUAUUCUUGACUGACGAUUAUGCUGCUAAAAUUGCAGAUGUGGGUUUUUGGCUGGAACUCGUGGUGAAAUCCAAGAAUAAGGGAGAAAGCGAUUCGGAACAUUCCGAACUGCCGCCUCUUGCUGACGUGGAAACGAAUGUUCACAGCUUCGGGGUGCUUUUGCUGGAAAUAGUUUCCGGGAUGCUCCCUCACUCGCCCGAGAAAGGGAAUCUCACAAACUGGGCUGCUCAGUACUUACCCGACAAGAAAACCUUCGACAAAAUGGUCGACUCAACCCUAAAGUCGUUCAAAGAAAACGAGCUCGAGACCGUUUGUGAGGUGAUCCAAUGUUGCAUCCAUCACGACCCGAGGAAAAGACCCUCCAUGAAAGAAAUUAUACACAAGUUGAGGGAAGCCAUUGAUGUCUCGCCUGAGGCGGCAAUUCCUAAGCUCUCUCCUCUUUGGUGGGCCGAGCUCGAGAUUUUAUCGGCCGAGGCAGCUUGA